AUGCGUCUGAUUAAGCAGAACAUAGAGCGUGAUGGCUCGGGCUCUGCGACACUAUUUCCCGAAGAAGCCGAGGACAUGUGGCAUGCGUACAAUCUCAUAGCAGCUGGUGACAAACUACGAGCCUCAGCCAUACGACGCGUGACAACAGAAUCAGCAACAGGCAGCACAUCUUCACAUCGAUUACACAUCACCCUCCUUAUAAUCGUCAAAUCAGUCGAUUUUGAUCCGCAAUGCUCACAACUACACGUGAAUGGUCAGGUUGCUGAAGAAAACCAAUGGGUGAAGAUUGGGGCAUUUCACACUCUGGAUCUUGAAUUACAUCGGAAUUUUGUAAUCGAGAAGAAAGAUGGAUGGGAUUCUGUUGCAUUAGCAGCACUAAAAGAGUCCGUAAAAGAGGACAAGGAGGGCUCUAUACCAGCUAUAGUUAUGCAGGAAGGUACAGCAAACAUAUGUCUCAUAACAGAAUUCCGAACAAUUCUUAAGCAACGAAUUGAUUUAUCAAUUCCCAAAAAGAGGAAUGGGAAAUCGGUGGAUCAUGACCAGGGAAUGAAGAAAUUUUAUGAUAUUUGCCUUGAAUCAUUGAAUAGGCACUUUGUCAUUGCCCAGCCUCGACCAUUACUGAUAGCUAGUCCGGGAUUUACUGCUACAGCUUUUCAAAAGCACAUCAUAGACCAAGCUAUUCGCACAGACAACAAGGCAGUGUUAAGUAACCGGAAUAAUUUUUUGGUUAUACACUGCAGCUCAGGCCAUCUAUAUAGUUUAAAUGAGGCCCUAAAGAGUCCCCAGGCUCUCGUUAAGCUCAAAGACACAAAGUUUGCUCGGGAAACUAAAUUAAUUGAUGACUUGAUGGAGCUCCUCCGAAAGGACAAUGGAAAGGCAUGGUAUGGUCCAGCUGAAGUAGAAGAAGCCGUCAGCCAGGGCGCGGUUGGCCCCGGAGGUGGCACCCUGUUGAUCAAUAACUCACUAUUCCGCAGUCAAGAGAUACAAGUUAGAAAGAGAUGGGUUGAUUUAGUUGACAAAGUAACUGAGAUAGGAGGUGAUGUGAGAAUCCUUAGUAGCGAUCAUGAAAGUGGGAAGAGACUGCAAGACCUUGGCGGUAUUGCAGCAAUUUUAACAUUUCCUUUAUUUGGACUCGAUGAAAAAUCAUGCUCAGACAAUGCAGGUCUUGACUGA